AUGACUGCCGUCACGGAACCAGAUAUUCAGAACCUCACGUUGGCCAAGACCGUCUCCAACGAGUCGUCGUCCGCCCCAUCGUUAAAACACGGCUACAUCGAUAGUCCUUUCUCCGGCAAGAAAGACCAGUACGAACAAGUUCUCGACAUCUUGGACUCCACCGGUUUCAUCCCUGAGUCCUUGAUUGAGUCCGAGGCCCGCUGGUUCUACGAAUGCUUGGGCAUCGACGAUGUGUUCUUUGCCAGAGAAUCGGCAGAAGGGAUUGCUGGUCAUAUCCAUUCACUUUACUCCUGUAAGGUCCAGGCCUACGCAGCAGGAGUUUCCGAGUCCGACCGUCCAUUGAUCCAAUACAAGCGCGAGGCCGACGACCACGCCGUGUUCUUCGUUUCUUCCACCCCAGGAUCUACCACCACCGCUGCUGGUCGCGAUCUCUACGAGGAAAGAAUCGAUGACAAGUACAUCGACCCCUCAUCUCCUACCACCCAGAGUUACAGAGCAGAAUACUUCUCGGCUCCAUUGAAUUACCAGUCCGACCCUAUCUUGUCCGGAGUUUACCAAAUCAACAAGUCCCUUCCAAACCAACUUGUGAAAUGUUUCUUCGUGUACAAGAACCAGUACCCUGAGUCCGCCGAAACCAUCAGUGCUAAUGAAACCGACAUCAACAAGAUUGGUGACACCACCUUCUUGAAGAUCGCUUCCGACAACACCAAGAAGUUGUAUUCCAAGGUCAUUGAGUCGGUGAUCAACACCACCGGUCCAGUUAUUCAACACUUCCCAAUUGAAGACUCCGAAGAAUACAGAGUGGUUAUCGGUUACAGACAAAAGACCUCGGCCAGAUACAACUCGGCCUUGUCGGACUUGGCCAACUACUACAAGCUUCAAACCAGCAGAAAGUACGUGGAACAGUUCGCCAAUGGUGUUACCAUCAUUUCCAUGUACGUCACUUCUAAGCAAAAGAAGAACCCAGUGGAUUUGUCCAUCUACCAGGUGAUCAAGGAAGCUUCUCUUUUGUACUGUAUUCCUCACAACUUCUUCCACCACAGAUUCACCAACGGUGAAUUGUCCUUGCAAGAAAGUAUCUAUGCUCAAUCUGGUGUUAUUUUCGUUACCCACUUCUUGAACAGAUUGGGUCCUGAGUACACCAAGUUGCAAUCUUUGUUGGAUGCUUCCAAGUCUAACCAAAACGCCGAAGUGUUGAACUCCUUGAAGAAGAGAUUGAGAGCUGAGACUUACACUCAAAACUACAUUCAAGAAGUUUUCGACACCAGACGUGAUAUCGUCAGAAAGUUGUACCGUCAAUUUGCUGAUGUUCACUACAUCCGUUCUUCCAUGGAGAAGACUCUUUCCUACCAAAGAUUGUCUCAAAUCACUCCAGUUGGUUCUGAAGAAGAGUUUGAAAAGUUGUUGAGCCGUGAAUGUUCCCAAAACGAACACCAUGCCAUCGUUUUGAGAGCAUUGUACGUCUUCAACAAGUCUAUUUUGAAGACCAACUUCUACACUUCUACCAAGGUUGCUCUUUCUUUCAGAUUAGACCCAUCUUUCUUACCAGAAUCUGAGUACCCUGAAAAGCCUUACGGUAUGUUCUUCGUUGUCGGUAGUGACUUCAGAGGUUUCCACAUCAGAUUUAGAGACAUUGCUAGAGGUGGUAUCAGAAUUGUUAAGUCUAGAUCUGUCGAUGCUUACCAUGUCAACGCUAGAAACUUGUUUGACGAGAACUACAAUCUUGCCAACACCCAACAAAGAAAGAACAAGGAUAUCCCAGAAGGUGGUUCCAAGGGUGUUAUCUUAUUGGACCCUGGUGCAGCCCAAGACCGUCCAAAGGCUUGUUUCGAAAAGUACAUCGACUCUUUGAUCGACUUGUUGUUGAAACAACACAUUCCAGGUGUCAAGGAAUCCUACGUUGACUUGCUCAACAGACCAGAAAUUUUGUUCUUGGGUCCUGAUGAAGGUACCGCUGGUUACACCGACUGGGCUACCUUGCACGCUAGAGCUAGAGGUGCUCCAUGGUGGAGAUCUUUCUUGACUGGUAAGAGUCCACAAAUUGGUGGUAUUCCUCACGAUGAGUACGGUAUGACCACCUUGUCUGUCAGAGCUUACGUCAACAAGAUCUACGAAAAGUUGAACAUUGACGAUGCUAAGAUCAGAAAGUUCCAAACUGGUGGACCAGAUGGUGAUUUGGGAAGUAACGAAAUUCUCUUAUCCAGAAACGAAAACUACGUUGGUAUUGUUGACGGUUCCGGUGUUAUUGCUGACCCUAAUGGUCUCGACAAGCAAGAAUUGUUAAGAUUGGCCAAGGAAAGAAAGAUGAUUGAACACUACGACAGAUCUAAGUUGUCUAAAGAUGGUUAUGUUGUCUUGGUUGAUGAUGUCGACAUCGUAUUGCCAAACGGUAUUACUGUUGGUAAUGGUGUCACCUUCAGAAACACUUUCCACUUGAAAUUGCAAGAACAAUUUGGUGCUGACGGAGUUGAUUUGUUUGUCCCAUGUGGUGGUAGACCAGGUGCAAUUGACACCAAUAACGUCCAUGAAUUAAUCAACGCCAAGACUGGUAAGCCUGUUGUUCCAUACUUCGUUGAAGGUGCCAACUUGUUCAUUACCCAAUCCGCUAAGCUCGUUUUGGAGAAGGCUGGUAUUAUCAUCUUCAAGGAUGCUUCUACCAACAAGGGUGGUGUCACUUCAUCAUCUCUUGAAGUUUUGGCUGCUUUGGCCUUCGAUGACAAGGGAUUCUUGGCCAACAUGUGUGUUGACUCUGAGACCCACGAAAAACCAAAAUUCUACCAAGACUAUGUUCAACAAGUUCAAAAGGUUAUUGUUAGAAACGCUCAAGCCGAAUUCGAAGCUUUAUGGAAGUUGCACGAAGAGACUGGUAUCACUUACACUGAAUUGUCUGACAAGUUGUCUAUCGCCAUCAACAAGUUGGGUGAUGAAUUGGCCAACUCCAAGGAAUUGUGGGAAGACGAUGUUGAAUUUAGAAAUGCCGUCUUACUCGACUCUUUACCACCAUUGUUGUUGGACGUUAUUGGUAUUGAGAACGUUUUGGCUAGAGUUCCAGUUGCUUAUUUGAGAGCCUUAUUCGCCACUCACUUAGCUUCUCGCUUUGUCUACUCUAGAGGUAUUGAUUCCAACCCUGCUAAGUUCUUGGAAUUCAUUUCUUCCACCAGAAAAGAAUAUGUCAAGAAGGGUUUACUUAAAUUUUAA